GGCCGGUUCCUUUCAAUUUCUGACUUUGCAGCGGCCGUGGCGUUGCAAGUCUCGCGAUAUUUAUUGCCGCCGGUGGGCGCGAGCUGCAGCUUGUUUCUGGCGGGCCCUUUUAGCUUUAUUUGUCGCCUGCACUGCUUGUUUGCCCGGGACCUCCGGGCCGAGUAGCAUGACGUCCGCCUUAGAGAACUACAUCAACCGAACUGUUGCUGUUAUUACUUCUGAUGGGAGAAUGAUUGUGGGAACACUGAAAGGUUUUGACCAGACUAUUAAUUUGAUUUUGGAUGAAAGCCAUGAACGAGUAUUCAGCUCUUCACAGGGAGUAGAGCAAGUGGUAUUGGGGCUCUACAUUGUGAGAGGUGACAAUGUUGCAGUCAUUGGAGAAAUUGAUGAAGAGACAGAUUCUGCGCUUGACUUGGGGAAUAUUCGAGCAGAACCUCUAAACUCUGUAGCACACUGAG